AUGGUGAUAGGGGAGGCGGUUGCUUACGGAGUUCGAGGAUUUUUGGUGGAGGGAAAGCAACCGGGAAGGGAAAGAGGAGCAGAAGGGCGCAAAGAUAUGGCAUUAGACUGUACUAAGUCUAAUUAAAACCUUUUGCUCUCGUGCAUUUUGCAAGACAUGACAAAAUGAAGUGAACUUUACUAGAGAAAAUGUUCAUAAAACAGCGAUCACGCUAAUGACUAUCUUUUCUACUGUCAAUUUCCAAGCACACCAACCCUGACAGGUAUAAUAGGAGACGGUAUUGUGGGAGAUGGUCUGUGUGGAGGGAGACGGUUUUUUUUAGGCGGUCACGCGAGGGAAAAAACUAUGGAUGGAAAGAUGCUGCUGUGGGGUUAUGUUAUCACUGUACUAAUGUAUGAGAACAAAGUAGUCUUCAUUUCUUUUUCUCCUCACUUACUUUUCCAGACACAAAUGAAUUACUUAGGUAAGAAUCGUGCCAAUCCUGUAGAGACCCGUUAG